AUAAGACCUCUUUUUUAUGUGAACUCAUCUCACAUAUUGUCGUAAGCGGGCUCAGUUUGGCGUUAUCUGCAUCAUUUUGAAAAACAGAAGAGGAAAAUGAAGUCCAUAAUAUUAAUUCUCCUGGUUGCGGCCUCGCUUUCGACUGUUUUAGCACAAGGUGAAUGGGACUGCUAUGACAAAAUGGAAGGAAAAUGGUACAAAGAUGGCGACGAAAAACCAAGUGGAGCAGAUUGUGGAGAUUGCGUGUGUUGGGCUGGCUACUGGGCAUGUCCAUCCUGCAUUCGUGAGGAGAAGGUUUGCCCUGUGCCACAAUGCACGCGCCCAUGCAUGUACGGAAACAAGCUCGAUGAAAACGAUUGUUUUACAUGCGACUGCAACCCACCACCAAAAACGAAAUUGAGAGAAACUUUCUGUGAAAGAUUUUGCCGAAAAUGUAGUAAAAGUUCCAAGCUGGACUGCCGAAAGAAACCCAAGUGCGCCUGCGCUGAUGGUAGCAACGACAUACUUGACGCUCUAGGCAUGGUAGCAACUCGCUAAGCCUCAUCACCAUAAUUAUAAUAAAAUCAUAAUGUAAAUACACAGGCGACUUGACACUCAUGUGCCAAACACCAAGAUACGCUAAAACCAAUGGGCAAAGCGAUCAUCUCCUCCCACAGAUAUGCCAUUCAUAAAUUGUUAUUUGUUUCUAUCAGAUUAUAUUAUAUGUGGAAUGAAAUUUACCAAUCAUAAAUGGUCACUGCAGUUCAUUUUUAUAUAUCAUUUUGUUGUCAACCAAUUUAUUUUCAGCAAACAAUAAAUAAUUACAAAAUUGUAUACAAA